AUGGUCACCACUGCUCGAACAGCUAAAAGAACACAAGUGGCUAGCUCUCAGCAGAGGAAUAAACGUCAACGCGAUAACAGCACUACUCCUUCAUUGACCUUGCAGCAUUACUUUAAAAAGACAUCGUCUUCCUCGCAACACGAUAACAGCAGCACCCACAACACGCAACAACAAACUUCCUUUGAAAGCGAUCUGGAACGUGCAAUCGCCUUGUCAUUGGCGGAAUCGGCUUCAACAUGCAUAGCAACAAACGAUAUUGACGACCCAGCAGCAUUGUCACUUCACCAUGACGACGCAGGAACUGCGCACUUUCACGCUGAUACGGCCAUAUCCGAUGACAUCGAUUCACUUUUGGAUAACAACAUUGACAGCAAUAUAAAAAAAGAAGCAGAUGAUAUGGAAGCCAACGUUGAUAUCAACAUCGCCAAGGAAGCAGGAGAUGAUCCAGUUACGCCUAUUGAAGACGACGUUGCUACGGGCAUGAAGAAUGAAAAAGCGACAAAUGAUACGUAUCAGCAGUGCCCAGUAUGUCAAGCUUCUAUCAAUGCCGAAUCGAUCGAUACCAUGAAUGAGCACAUCAAUCGUUGUUUGGAUGGAAGUUUGGUAAAGGAAGAGGUGCAUAGCAACAGCAACAACGUCAUGGCUACCAAUGAUGCGACAAAGAAUGACACAAAGUCUUGGUUCCGAACCAUGGAAAAUGCCAUCCGCGGUGUCCUCGGCCCAAAAGAAAACAGCAAUACGAUCAACAACCCAGCAACGAAUCAUUCAUCCAACGACAAACCAUCAUCGUCAUCAUCAUCAACAAAGGGCAAACAAAAGCGCACAUGUCCAUUUUACAAAUGGGUAAAAGAUACGACCCUUGUGGUGGAUGCCUUUACGUAUGGCAAGAUUCCCGAUUGCACAGGUUAUUUCUUAUCCCAUUUCCACAGCGACCAUUAUGGUUACCUCGGCAAGAAAUGGGCUCAUGGCACCGUAUAUUGUUCACAAAUCACAGCCAAUCUUAUCCAGCAGAGGUUGGGUGUCGGCCGUCGUUAUGUGUGUGCGCUACCUAUGAAUGUCAAAUACCCCUUGAGUGAUACUAUCAAUGUCAGCCUCAUCGAUGCCAAUCAUUGUCCUGGUUCAGUUCUUUUUCUUUUCGAGAUAUUGCGACCGGAUGGUGUUGUCGUGCGACAUUUGCAUACCGGUGAUUUCCGUGCCACGCCCCAAAUGUGCCUUCAUCCUUUGAUCCGCCAACCCAUGAAUCCACCCAUUGAUACGCUCUAUCUCGACACAACCUAUCUCGAUGGUCGUUACAUGUUUCCAAUACAAGAGGACGUGGUCCGUGCAGCAUGCGACAUAGCUCAUGAGCAAUGUUUUCAUCAACCCGUACAACAACAAUUGCAGCUGAAACCUGCCACAACAACAACAACAAGCAAAAGUAGUGCCCUUGUGGGAUGGCUUCAAUCAUCACAAAAGCCUAAGGUUGACCUCGUCACGGAUGAAUCAGAAGGCACAUUGGCAGCAAUGAAAAUGACAAAUGCACGACCCAAGUCCAAAGUCCUUGUAGUGGUUGGCACUUAUACCAUUGGCAAAGAAAGGGUGUUUUUCAACAUCGCAAAGAGGCUUGGAAGCAAGAUUUAUGUAAAUGAAAAGAAACGCAAGAUCUUGGCAUGUCAAGAGAACAAAGAGCUGGACUCCCUCUUGGUAACCGAUCCACAUCAAGCACAAGUACAUGUACUGCCACUGGGAACUUUGAAGAUUGAUUUAUUGGAGAACUAUUUGAAGGGGAUGCGACCUCAUUUUACAUCAUUGAUUGCUUUUCAACCAACGGCACAGACUUUUCGACCUUAUGGCUCACCAUCAAUGGGGCCGCCAUUAUCAGAAAUCAUUGCUCAACCUCCCAACCGAUCCAUUGUAUUGAAACCAUUAAGAGCAUCCACCGCCACAGUCAAGCUGUAUCCUAUACCCUAUUCAGAGCACUCAAGCUUUCGCGAAUUAGCAGCAUUCAUUGGAAGCUUAGAAAUCCGACGCAUCAUCCCCACCGUCAAUAACCGAGACGAGGCUUCCCGAGAACUCAUGUUUGCUAUAUUAGAUGGAUGGCAACAAGACAAAAAGAAGGAACAACUAAAUGGCAUUGUGCCCUAUCAAAGCGAACAUUACUGGUAA